AUUUACUGUCACUGUCAUGCUGUGCAAUGCUAAAAUUUGCUUUAGAAAACGCACUACAUUUUUAAUUUAAAUUUAAGUUUUUUAUGUCUAACUCAUGUGUUUGUUAAUAGUCUUGAGUUAAAAAUAACAAUUUAGAACAAACUUUCACAAUUAAUAUUGAUAGUUCAGUGUAGAAAUGAAGUUGUACAAGCAAAAACUUUUAUCAGAUACACAGUUGAAAAAGUUAGGAGAACACAAGUAUUCUUGCCAAAGUGUUAGUUUUUUAGAUAAAUUAUUACAGCCCUAUUGGUGUUGGUUAGUGUUGAAAGUGCCCAUAUGGUUAGCACCUAAUUUAAUUACUGUCCUAGGGCUGUGUGUCAACAUAUUUACAUCUUUAUUAUUGAUAUGGUAUUCACCUGAUGCCAAAGCUGAAGCUCCUAGAUGGGUUUGUGCCUUGUGUGCUCUAGGAUUAUUUAUUUAUCAGAGUUUAGAUGCCAUAGACGGAAAACAAGCCAGAAGAACAAACUCUUCAAAUCCACUUGGCGAACUUUUUGACCAUGGGUGUGACUCAAUUUCUACAGUAUUUGUUGCUCUUUCUGCAUGCACAGCGGUUCAGUUAGGAUAUUAUCCGGGAUGGAUGUUCUUUCAGUGCUUUUGCGCCAUGACACUCUUUUAUUGUGCCCAUUGGCAGACGUACGUCUCUGGAACGUUACGGUUUGGAAAAGUGGAUGUUACUGAAGCACAAUUCACCAUUAUAGGUAUCCUCUUAAUAUCCUCGAUAUUCGGCCCCACCGUGUGGUCCACAAAGGUAACACUUUUAGGAAUAGACAUUUUUAUGGCCCAUGCGAUGAGUACUGCAUUCUAUUUAGGCUAUUUGCAAGUAUUUUUAUCGUUUAUCGAAAGAUUAAAAAUCGGAGGAAUUGGAAAGAAUGGAUCCACGAUUGCUGGAACCAGUGUUCUAUCCCCCGUGAUACCAUUUUCCAUGGUGUUGGUACCUGCAUUCAUAAUUUAUAAGAAGUCCACACAAGAGAUUUACCAAAACCAUCCAGCGUUAUAUAUUUUGGCGUUCGGUCUCGUUGCUGCCAAAGUUACAAACCGAUUAGUAGUAGCUCAUAUGACUAAAAGCGAGAUGGACUAUAUGGAUUGGUCUCUGAUGGGACCCGCAAUGCUGUUUUUAAAUCAAUACUUCAAUACUUUUAUAAACGAAUACUAUGUGCUGUGGCUAUGCCUGAUAUGGGUGGCAAUCGAUCUCCUCAGAUACUGCUCUCAAAUCUGCCACGAAAUUUGCGACUCACUUCAUUUAGAACUGUUCAAGAUACCGUACCCUGGAGGUCCUAUGAGGUCAUAUGUUUCUAGUAGCGCAUCAGUAGAAAAAAAUGAGUUCCAGGACGUUGCUAUUUUUUUAGGGCACAACGAAAAGAGAUUCGAAUCUGACGACGAAGACAUUAGGCCUUUGCUGAAGGAUGAAGAGGAGGUGUAGAAAUUGCCAUUAUUUAAAAACAAUGUAUUUAUUUAUUUUAAUGUUCAACAAAGUCUAAGUGAUUAGGUUCUGAAAGGUGCAACUUCAUUAUUCCAGUAUUAUUUGGAUCUUUAGUUAUUCUGAAUUUAAUUUAUAAUGCGCCGUUUGUAAGAUAUAUAACUACUUUUAUUUGUGGUAUGGUGGUAAUGACUAUAGCAAUGAAAAAUACAUCAAAUAUCUAAUUUGACUUUCUAAGACAAGAAAGAAAAAAAGUCAAACCAAGAUACGAGACGAAUGGGAGGUGUAGCAAAUUUUUUUAAUACUGAAAAAAGUAUAUCUAUGAUGUUAUUUAUACAGUGAGCACGUAAAGGUUGGAAUAAAUUCAUUUUCUCGAGAAUGGACGAUUUUGGAAAAAAAUCCCGAAACAGGUAAAUUUUUAUUUUUAAAUUACGACUUUUUGGCAUAUAUAUCAUACUAGUGACGUCACCCAUUUGGGCGUGAUGACGUCAUCGAUGAUUUUUUUAAAUGAGAAUAGGGGUCGUGUGACAGCUCAUUUGAAAGGUAAUUCAAUUCUAUAUUCAGUAGUAUAAACAUUUACAUAAUUAUUUAUACAGGGUGUCGAAAAAAAUUUUUUUUAACAAAAUUUAUUGACAUAAAAAGAAGAAUAUGUAUAAUUUGUUUAAUUCAAAAUACAUUUUACUACUCUCAGAAAACAAAAAAAAAAAUGUUAAUUUGAAAAAACUUGUCGCUUUUCGCUUAAAUUAAAUGCUCAAAUUGUCAAUAGGCAGGUGGGUGGCUGCUUUAAUAUUGAAUUUGCAAAAAACAAUAUUUGUAUUUAACAAAUAAACAUUUUUUCCUGUUUUCUGAUAGCAGUAAAAUGUGUUUUGAAUUAAAUAAAUUACACAGAUUCUUCUUUUUAUGUCAAUAAAUUUAAUCCAAAAAAUAUUUUUUUGGACACCCUGUAUAAAUAUUAUGUUAAUGUUUAUAUUAACAUAAUAAUAGAGAAUUAAAUUACCUUUCAAAUGAGUUAUGACACGACCCCUAUUCUCAUUUAAAAAAAUCAUCGAUGACGUCAUCACGCCCAAAUGGGUUACGUCACUAGUAUGAUAUAUAAUAUGCCAAAAAGUCGUAAUUUAAAAAUAAAAAUCGACCUGUUUCGGGAUUUUUUUUCAAAAUUGUCCAUUCUCGAGAAAAUGAAUUUAUUCCAACCUUUACGUGCUCACUGUAUAAACAGGCAUACUUAGCAAUACAAACAACGAAUAUAUAUUGUAGUUUUAUUUUAGAUAUUAUUAUAUUCUAUAAAAAAACUCUAGAAGUGUCUUUCUUUGAAAAUUUUUAGAUUAAAAAAGUUGAAAGAACGUUAUAUUUGUAUAUUUGGAUGAGCAUGACUUUAGAUCGAAAUUGAUAUACAAUAAAAUCUGUCACAUCCGGAUCAAUGUGGCGACAGACCGAUCCGGAUAUGAAAAAAUCCGGAUAUCAACUGGAUAUAUGAAAAUAUCGGGAUAUAUCCGCUUUUUUUAGAGUCUCUGUAACGUUUUCUCCUUCAUCCAUUCCAGCAAUCAACGCCAUCAAUAACUUUCAUCGAUUGACACGUUUUAUAGAUUCUAUAACAGUUUGGUCCAUAGGCUGACAUAGGGAUGUAACAUUUGGGUGCAAAAAGAUACUUUACUUCGCCAUCUGUUUGUUCUUUUCUUCUGGAUCGGGAUGAGAUGGUGCGUUGUCCAAUAGCAGGACUGCCUUUCUCGGAAGAUCCGGAUAUGGGGAGGUCCGGAUGGGACAGGUUAUAUUGUACUACUCAAUUGACUCUAGGUAUAUGAUUCUAAUUUUAAAACCGAUUUAUAAUUAAAAAAUAUCCUUUAUAAAAGGUAUAUUUAUAAAAGAACCCUUUCGGGAUACAUCACAGAACAUUUUCGGAAUGAAAAUUCUACCUUCAGUACUGCUACAAGGUACAACAAAUUAUUUUUUACAACAGUUAACUAAUUAGUUUAAAGAUUGCAACAUUAACGUUCGUUGUCAGUUCAUUUAACGUUCUUAAAUUUAUUUUAUUAUGUAUUUAUUAUAUAUAUUUAUAUUUAUUUAUGUAUUAUCAACUUUCAUAGUUGCACUUUUCAGAAUAUAGCUAUUCUAAAUGGUAAUUUAGGGCAGUAUUUUUAUAUGAAUGUUAAGAGGCUAUUCUCGAAUAAUUGACUGUACUGAUAUAUAGUCAAGAUUAUAUUAAAUUUAUAAAAUGUCAAUUUUCACAUCAGCCACCUAAUGAUUUAUUUAAUAAACAUGUUACGCAUUUCUACAAAA